UGGUGCAACAUUGCUGUAAUCUCGGAACGUUCUGUUGGUAAAUCUAGUCCCCGUUCGUGCUAAUGACCGAAGCGUCGGUGACCGCGCCUUGCACGGGGGUGUAGGCCCGAGGCCACGCGCGCUCUGAGGUCUGGAGAUUAUCGGGAACCCCGUCCUGUCAGUUAUGGACGUAUAGUCUCACUCUUUCGACAGACUAUCAACUCAAUUGCACCUGUAGUGAGUUAUCGGCAUGAUACCGCCACCCACCGUUGUCAACAACCAAAAUCGGCAUUAUGGAGUUGUGGCUGGAAUCACCGUGCUUGGUUUUGUAUCCAUCGCGUUAACUCUGUUAAGACUGCGGUGCCGGUAUGUUUCGCGCACGAUCGGAUACGACGACUAUGCGAUCAUUCCAGCUUUGCUCCUGUACUCAGGAUGGACAGCCAUGGCCCUUUAUGUAAACAUCAACGCCGGCGUUGGCAAGCCUUUAUGGGAGAUAACGUUGGGAGAGUUUGUGGUAUGGUUCAAGGGAAUUGUCGGCUCCACUUUGCUCUAUCCGAUCAUGUCAGCCAGUAUUCGUACAUCAAUUCUCAUGUUUUACCUCCGAAUAUUUGGCCAAGCGGUGACAUCAGUCCGUUACACAGUUUUGGCUUUGCUAGUCUUACAGGGAGUCUAUGUCAUCGUGUACAUGAUCCUUCCGGCUUUCAUCGCGAAGCCGUUCAACAAAAUCUGGCAGCCGCUAGAGCGAGGCAAAUACAUGAACGACUGGUAUUACUAUUACACGCAAGUGGCACUGUUCAGCACAAGCAUGGCUUUCGAUAUAAUUCUCCUCGUUCUCCCGAUACAUCCAGUCACUCAACUUCAAAUGACUGUGAAAAAACGUAUCGGAGUGAUUGCAAUCUUCAUAUGCGGUGCAGCCGCAAGUGUCACAGCAGCAUAUAAGCUCGCCAUAUUUGUCACUCAAAUGGAGAGAUACACCAAGAUCGAUCCCAGAUGGCUACAAUACGAAAUGAGCACUCUUGUUCCGCCACAAUUUGACGAGUACGGCAAAACGUUUUGGAUACCAUCCCAGGUCGAGCCCAGUGUUGCUCUUAUUGGAGCAGCACUUCCUGCACUAUACCCUAUGGUACAGGGUGCUAUGCAUAGAGUCAUGGCGACCAUUUCGUCCAUUUCAUCUACGGCCAGCUCGGGUUCCAGAACACGAAGUCAUCCGGAGAGCCAGGACUGUCAGCCGAGGAGGCAGACGCCUGAGAAAUCAUUGCUUCAAUCGAAUGACGGGUCGUACAUUGAGCUGGAUGACAUAGCACCUUCCCGGCCGGGAAGGCUCCAGAGUUCUGAAUAGGAAUUGGAUCUAUAUUAAUAGGCGUUUUACUUCGAAGCUAUGAUAGAGAAAGCUUGAAGCCUCCACUAACUAGGUCGUGAAAGUUAUAUGAAGGAUCAUACUUUUCCCGCACUUGACGCAUGUAUCCGACGUUAUUAGACCCAUAUUGGUCAAGGACGGCCUGAUCCC